AUGGCUAUAAUGUCUGGUAUUCCAUCAGAUAAAAUAGUUGAAGCACAUGGAACAUUUCAAAGUGCAACAUGUCAACGAUGUCAUCAAAAAUAUCAAUCGGAAGAUAUUCGUCAAGAUAUAUUUAAUGAUAAAAUUCCAAUAUGUUAUAAAACAUCUCGAUGUAAUGGAAUAAUUAAACCAGAUAUUGUUUUUUUUGGUGAAGAUCUUCCACGAAGAUUUCAACUUUAUCAACAAGAUUUACCUUUAUCUGAUUGUUGUAUUGUUAUGGGUACAUCAUUAGCUGUUUAUCCAUUUUCUGAUAUUAUUGAUUCAACAACACGUUCAACAGUUCGUCUAUUAAUUAAGCGUAAAUUAGUUGGAACUUUUUUAUCACCAAGACCAUAUGAUAUAACAUUAAUUGGAGAUUUAGAAAUUAAUCUUAAACAAAUUUUAAAUAAAUUAGAUGCCUUAGAUUAUGUUAAAGAUUUAAUGAUAAAGGAAAAUGGUCAACAUGAACAUAAUUAUAAAUAUGAAAAUAAAAAUUCGAUUAAAAAUUCAACAACAGAAAAUAAUCGAUUAAAAGCUGCUGAAAUAUAUCUUGAACAAAAAAGAAAAUUUUCAACAUUUAAUUCUUACCGUCCACAAGUUAAAUUCGUAACUCAACCAAAUAUUCAUAUAUAUAAUGAAUCAACAACACUUAUGAUUGAAAAACAUAAUAAUGCUUUAUUAUUCACUCGAAGACGAUCUAAAUCAGCUUUACCAGUGCUUCCAUCAAAACAAUCAUCAUUGUCAUCAUCUUCCUCCUCCUCCUCCUCCUCCUCAUCAUCAUCAAAUAGUUCAUUGUCCGAAUGUGAAUUGAUGCCAUUUUCUUUUAAAAGGCCACCAAAUAGUAAAAUUCAAGCUGCAAGACAAAUCAUAGCGACACCAACAACAAAACUUAAAAGAAAUCCUUUGUUAAAUGCAACAUUAAGAACAGUUUUGUGA